ACUGUUGGGGCACUCUCGUUCUCCGGAGCCCGUCUUGACCUGAAUGAGUUUUCCUCUGUGGAAGAAUUGGAGGCACUUGGGGGAGACAGACUAAAGUCGGCAUUAAAAGCAAUUGGAGUCAAAUGUGGGGGGUAUUCGUGUCCUUUCAUUGUAAGGACUGUCAAAGAGAGGGCAGCCCGGUUGAUGAGUAUAAAAGGGAAAGAUGUGAUCCCAACCUCCCUGUUGACGAAAGACCAGAGAAUGGACAGUCGGACCAGGGAGAAUGAGCCUCCCGAGAUUGCGUGGGUGGAGGCUCAGAUCUACGAGUUGUGUGAGCAGUUGGGAGACCAUCGAGUUGCCACGAUCGAGAACAUCCACCGAAAACAAGCCCAGUCCAACGCGGUGGAAGAUCUAUCAGACCAUGAAGAAGUUGUGGAUGAUGACGACGAUUGUGAGCCAGAAGUAGGGCUAUACAACCCGAAGAACGUCCCUCUCGGUUGGGACGGGAAGCCAAUCCCCUACUGGCUAUAUAAGCUCCACGGACUCAAUCUGAGUUAUACGUGUGAGAUUUGCGGAAACUAUGUGUAUAAGGGGCCCAAAGCAUUUCAAAUGCACUUUGCGGUUUGUGGAGUUGUUAUAUUGCAGGAGUGGAGGCAUGCACACGGAAUGCGGUGUCUUGGAAUUCCUAACUCGUCCCAUUUUGCAAACGUGACUAAAAUCAACGAGGCGGUUGAACGUACUAUUCGGUUUUCAAUUGCAGUGUGGGGUAAGAUACAGCUUAAAAAGGACAAGGAUCGGUGGAAGGCUGAGAUUGAGGAGGAGUUUGAGGACUCGAUGGGAAAUGUGGUCACUCGCAAGACAUAUGAGGAUUUGAAGAAGCAGGGACUGUUGUAG